AUGAGCAACAGCGCGAAGCCCCUCGUGGCCUGGGCCAGUGAUGAGGCUCGGCGGUUCUUCCGCGCCUUCCACAAGUAUGGGACCGAGUUUGACAAGGUGUCCCGUGCGGUGGGCAGCGGCCGGAGCCCGGAGCAGUGCGAGGCCCUGCAUCGCCAGCACCAGGCCUUUCUGUCCCUGGACAAGAAGUUCCAGUCGGAGAUCGUGUUCAUCGCCAUGACCGAGGACAGCGAUGGCAAGGACGGCCGGGAGCGGUCGUCUGGGGCGGGGAACGACGCCAGCGACCCGGGCGUGGGGUCGGAGGCCACUCCCGCGCCCAGCAGCAGCGGCCAGAAGGCCACCGGCGCCGCCAGCGGCAGCAACGCGCGCGGGGGGGACGCAGACGCCGACAGCGUGCUUCGCGCCUCGGAGGCCGGCAGCGGCGCCGCGCAGGAUGGGGCGCCGCAGCAGCGGACCCUGGCGUCCACGCGCAAGACGGUGAAUGUGGAGGGUCGCGCUCCAGGAGCAGCGCCCAGCGCGGCGCCCAGCGUGUCGGAGGCCAGCAACCUGGCGCCCGCCCCCGCCGUGCCCGGCACCAAGCCGCCCUACUACGUGCUGGGCGCCACGCCGCAGUCCGGGCCGGGCCUCCCAGCGGCGGCCCUCUGCCCGGCGCCCGGCGCAGGACUGGCGGGCGGUGCGCCCGCGCUCUCCGCGCCGGGGACCGCCGCUCCGGGACCGCCGCCGCACCCGCCGCCGCCCGGCAGCACGGCCUCGGUGCGGCCCCAGGCGGCGGCGGCGGCGCUGCUCUCCGAGCUCACCAUGGCCAUGCACAAGAAGGAGGCGCUGGUGGCGCAGCUGAACCUGAUGAAUGACGAGGCGGCGGCGGGGGUGCACACCGACUCGGCAGGCGGCGCGCAGAACCCGGGCUUCGUCCGCGCCUUUGCGUCGGUGAUCGUGCAGCUCAAGGCCGUCAGCGACCGCAUCUUCGAGAAGUUGCAGGAGCUGCGCGACGACGGGGGCCCUGGCGGCGCCGGCCCCGACGCCUACGGCCCGGCGCCGCGCGGCGACGACGGCGGCGGCGAGGCCCAGGGCCCAGCCCUCUCGCCCGCCGACCUGGCGCCCGAGGCCCUGGCCGCCGCCUCGCUGGAGGCCGCGGAGCGCGUGGUGGAGGCCUGUCGCGGCCAGCUGGCCGGCGGCGCCAGGCGCUCGGGGCAGGCGACUGGCGAGGGUGGUGAAGAUGAUGCGGCUGGUGGAGGAGGCGACGAGGCACCUGCAGGCGGAGGCACGAGGGCAGGCGCAGGCGGGGACGCCGGCGGCGAUCUCGCGGCGGGCCCGAGCACGGGCGCGGAGGAGCCUGCGAGCCCGGAUGCCGCCGCCGCCGCCGCCGCCCAGCGCAGCCGCGGCGGCGUGGACUGGGGCUCCGCGUCCGGCCGCCGCCUGACGCGCCUGAUCCAGAGCUGCGUCCAGACGCUGCUGCUGCUCCAGCGCGGCACCACCGCGCCCGUGCCCAUGGCCGCGCUGGCGGCCGCGUUGGACGUGGCCAUCGCCGGGGUCCGGCCCCACGCGCCCGCCAACGAGGGGCUGCUGACGGAGGGGAUCCCCGGCUGA